AUGACAGUUGCCAGCCCUAACAUUCAGUCUGAGGACGCCACAGCUGCAGCUGCCUCAUCAGGAACUCAUACAGAAACAAAAACAGGGACGGUUUCAUCUAUUCCUGCUUCAGGAUUCACCACAGAAUCUGUUGCUUCCACUGUGGACCCUUUACCAGAAAAAGUGGAAACAGGCAAAAUUAGACAACAGGCUUUGUCAUCAGUGGUUACCAGUCCAGUCCCAGUAGUCGCUAUUCCCUCCUUUAAAGACUUCAGAACAACAGAGGAAGACGUAUCAGUGGAAAGGGCAGCUACGGUUGUAACCCCCACACUACAAAGUGGAGAAGCUCUGAGUCCCAGGGUCACAGAAACUGAGAUGAGUAAUGUUUCAGCCAGUGAGGAAAUAGAAAAGGAGGCAAUGGAAGACACGUUUGAGACUGUUUCACCCACAGGAAAAACAGUCCCGUUUCAAGGUGGAGAUGGAGUUAAUGGGACGGAGACAGAUGAAAAUGAAACAGAUCCAGAGGUGGAGGAAGGGCAUGCAGACGGUGACAGGUUUUACAGUCAUCCCUCGCCUGAUUUGAUCUCCCAGUUUAGCACCGUAGGCUUCAGCAUCCAGUCAGAGACUGAACCUCCACAGCAGACUGACAGAGCAGCGAAUCCGCCUCCUACAAACACAGUCAGACGUCAAACACCUGGGAUCAGAGGUCAAAGGGGAUUGCACGGUUUACCUGGUCUACCGGGACCUAAGGGAGAUAAAGGAUACCCAGGCGUGAUGGGCAGGACCGGGCAGACUGGAUACAGAGGCCCCGUUGGUCCAGCUGGGAUGCCGGCUAUUGUUGUGUUUAAAACUUCUGAAGAAGAGUGGGAGGCUUUCAAGAAAAAGCAAAUUUACAAAAAGCUGGUGUCCUCGUGGCCGAGACUUAAAGGGCCUCCGGGUCCUCCCGGACCUCCUGGAGAUGAUGGACCAAUUGGACUACCUGGAAUUCCUGGAAAGCAAGGACCUAAAGGAGUUCAAGGAAUCAUCGGCAGUCCUGGUCCACAGGGUAUCCUGGGUCCCCCGGGCCGACCUGGAAGAGACGGGACCCCAGGACACAAUGCUGACCCGGGCCCUUCAGGUUUACCUGGAGAGCAGGGUCCCAAAGGCUACACAGGAGAGCAGGGCAGCAAAGGGGAGCUGGGUGAGUGGGGUUAUCAGGGCGAGGCGGGGUCACAGGGACCCAGAGGACAGAAAGGAGACAAGGGAAAUAAAGGAGUCAGAGGCCACGCUGGGCUUCCUGGCUACAUAGGCACGUCCGGAGCAAGAGGUCCUCCCGGUUUCCCAGGACCGUCAGGGCCUUCGGGACAAACUGGGGAUUUAGGCUUCUGUGGUCCGAGAGGCCCUCCGGGCAAAAUGGGUCCCGGAGGAGGAAAAGGUGUCCGAGGAAUUACAGGACCAACAGGUCAUCAGGGUGAAAUGGGCCCCAGGGGAGCAGCUGGGUCACAGGGAGAGCCCGGUCCGGAUGGAACAGUCGGGUUUCCUGGUGUUCGUGGCCCUCAGGGAAACCCAGGCCCUAAUGGACCUCCAGGUCCUAAAGGUAGCACUGGUGAUCCAGGAGAUGAAGGGGAAGUAGGUCAACCUGGACCACCUGGACUAAACGGUGUCAAAUCCAGGAGAGGUGAGAAGGGGGAUCCAGGAUUCAAGGGAGCCCAGGGUCCUCGUGGACCUCCAGGUAAACCGGGAUCAAAGGGGCACGCAGGGCCAACGGGACUUGAGGGACUUGGAGGAUAUGCAGGGCUACCAGGACUUCCUGGACCUGCUGGCUUUGAUGGCAUCAUGGGAGAGCCAGGGAAGCAGGGAAAAGAUGGCUCCAAGGGAAACCGAGGACCAGCUGGUAUUCAAGGAAGUCCUGGAUCUCGAGGCAAUAAGGGUCGGGAAGGUCGAGCGGGAUUUUCUGGAAUCCCUGGUCCUGUUGGACAGAUGGGGACAUCAGGAGAGAGGGGACUUCAAGGAGAACCUGGUAUUAAGGGGAAGAUUGGAGUCCCGGGGAUGCCGGGUUCAAAAGGCCUGAAGGGAUUUAAAGGUCAUCUGGGCCACAAGGGGCAGGAUGGCAGUCGUGGAGCCUCGGGACCUGUUGGUGCAAAUGGAGUGAAUGGAGCGGUCGAACUUCCAGGACCUAAAGGAAUGCCUGGAAAAACAGGACCUCCUGGAUUCCAAGGCCCUGUAGGAAAGAGUGGAGAAUCUGGCAGCAGAGGAACGAAGGGGACAUCGGGACAGCCAGGAAGGAGAGGGGUUGUAGGUAAACAAGGCCCCAGCGGACUAACAGGAAGUAAAGGAUUUAAGGGUACAAGAGGAGAGGAGGGACCGAAAGGAAUACAAGGCCCCCGAGGAGAGAUGGGCAUGCCUGGACCACAGGGAUACAGAGGCGCUCCUGGUAUCCACGGCAACAUUGGACCAUGGGGUGAAGUUGGGUCCCGUGGUCUUCCAGGCGGUCAAGGUCCACAAGGCCCAGUUGGUCCUCCUGGAGUUACAGGUUACUCUGGUAAAGAUGGAAGUCAGGGGCCAUCUGGAUCAGGCGGUGUAAAAGGAGAUAAGGGAUCCAGAGGACCUGUGGGGCAGGAGGGAGUUGCUGGUCUCGAUGGUGAGGAGGGUCCAAACGGACAGAAAGGAUUUCAAGGGCCAGCCGGCCAAAAAGGCUUAUCUGGUGUUAUGGGAAACACAGGACCUCCUGGGCAGAAAGGACCAAAGGGGUCUGAGGGUGAAAGAGGAAACCAAGGUUCACAGGGACCGAAGGGGCCACAAGGGAAACGGGGGUACAGGGGUGCACCCGGAGAUAGAGGACAGCAGGGGCCCCCAGGACUCAAGGGUGAGCCAGGCCCCAGGGCUUUAUCAGGCACUCGUGGGCCAUUUGGAGCUGGAGGCCAAACUGGGGCAGCAGGAACGAAAGGCCAGAAAGGGCUCCAGGGACUCGCUGGUCCUCCUGGUACUACAGGCCCUCCUGGACCCACUGGACCGUCACCAGCUGGAUUACCUGGCAAGAGAGGUGCUGAAGGUAAAGGUGGAGUGCCUGGAGCAAAGGGCAGUCUUGGUGAAAAGGGUAUGCUGGGUCUUCCAGGCAUUCGGGGAGACGUGGGCAUCAGAGGUAUGAAAGGCGUAAAAGGCGAGUCUGGAACACGAGGGAAAGUGGUAAGACUGGGUACAAUGGGGAAGAUGGGGGUCAUAGGCUCUCCAGGUCCUAAAGGUCAAACUGGACCUGGUGGCCCUCCUGGUCCUCCAGGAACUAAAGGAAUCCAGGGACCAAAGGGAAAAGGUGGUGAGCCAGGAAGUAAAGGGACACAAGGAGCUGCUGGGCAAAUUGGACCUGAAGGCCUGCUGGGGAGGUCAGGACCUGCUGGACCACCUGGAAAACCUGGACUGAGCGGUCUGGAUGGGUUGCUGGGAGUUCAGGGUAAUGAGGGAGAUCCGGGUGACGUUGGUCACAGAGGAGCUCCUGGAACACCAGGCAGGCCUGGCAAGACAGGAAAACCUGGAUCUCCUGGGAUUAAGGGAAACGCUGGAGAAGGGGGGGUUAAGGGUACGAGGGGUCUAAAAGGAACACGUGGGCCUCCUGGACCAAUUGGGCCAAAGGGUAUUCCAGGGCUGAGAGGAGAGAAAGGUGAAUCUGGAAGUCUUGGCACGAAGGGUCUCCCAGGUGAUACAGGGAUACGUGGACCAAUAGGUCCACCUGGAUUAAAGGGGAAUCCUGGUUUGCAGGGAUUUAAAGGUGAAAAGGGUGAUAAGGGGAAACAGGGGGACACUGGUCCUCGUGGUCCAGCCGGGCAGGAAGGCUUCUCAGGAAUCCCUGGCCACCUUGGAGUGAAAGGAAUGAAAGGUGUCCGAGGAAGGAGAGGUCCAAAGGGAACGAAGGGCAAGCCGGGACCUCAAGGAAAACCAGGAGCCCCUGGCAAAUGGAAGCCUAAGCAAAGACCUGUUAAAAAAUAUAGUUUUCAAACUGCACAGAGUUCAAAGCAAAGCCCCGGCCUCCCGAAGCAAAGCGAAGGGCAAGAAAAACCCAGGGAAGUGACAAGGAGAUGGUCUCAAGAAGAUGAAGCAGAGUUCUUCAGCUGGCCCCUGGGCACCAGAGAUGAUCCUGGAACCACCUGCCAUGAGCUGAGACUCAUACGUCCACAUCUAAAUGAUGGUUACUUUUACAUGGACCCGAACCAAGGCUGUCCCUGUGAUGCCUUGAAGGUCUUCUGUAACUUCACAGGAGGUGGAGCAACCUGCAUAGAACCUCUUUACUCAAAGAUUCAAAUAUGGAGGGACCCAGAAAUGAUGAGGACAUAUGUGGAGAGGUUUACUCACCACCAAAAAUUUGAUUACCCUGGUGUGGAAGCUGUCCAGCUAAAGUUUCUGCGGUUACACAGCCACUCAUCUUUCCAGCACAUCACUCUCAGCUGUACAGAAAACCAGACGAGUACUGCUGCCACAGAUGAUUUAGCCAGUCAGAUUAUCCACUUACUGGGAGACUCUGGCAAAGAAAUCGAUUCACACUUUGUCACAGUGUCCAGAAAACACUCUGAGCUGGAGCUGUUUGUCAGGGUUCAAGGAGAUAUGGAAUUACUUCCUGUCAGACAUCUGGGUGUAGAGACGAGCAGUGUCUCCAAGCUUGUCUCUGAGAUCUCUGUGGCAUUGGGACCCGUCUGCUUCUUGUGACCGGUGUGUCUGUGUGCGAUGAAAGUCUCAAGAGCUCAAGAAAGAAGGCAGCUGGACGUCUUUAGGAUUGUGAAGACGUUUCACAUCACAUCCAAUACGCUUCUUCGGUUCUUAAAGCAACUGGUGGAGACUCCCAGGAAAUAAACCCCAGUGGUGGGUGUCCUGUGUGGAGUAAGUCCUGAAGGUUGCUAACCCAAUACUGAUCAUAUGAGUCACCACAUGAGCCAAGGUGGGAAAAAAGACUAUUAUUCCAGCUUCCUAUCAUCCAGAAAGCUGGAAUAAUAUAAAAUAUGUAUAUUUGAAAUGAAUAAUGAAAUAAAAGUGCUCAGUUUUGUAUUUUGCUGUAUAUUUAUUCAAUUGUAAAAUUGUUAGAUUUUUGACAUAUGAAACAUUUUUGUUAUGAAAAUGUAGCAUCAAAUGUUCAGUUCAGUUUGACUUAUAACUUUGUAUUUACACUAAAAGUCUUCGUUUUUUACUUUGUCCUCAACUCAGGGGAAUGUCGUCCCGCACUAUCAAAAUAAAACAAUGGCUCUGAAUGAAACAGAGCCCGUUGUUUUGUUUGUACUGAGCCUGCGCACAUCACACAGUAAGGGGUAAUCCUCAAAUAGUUACAAAGUAAAAACUUGUUGAUGUUUUCUAGGCCUAGUGCCACAUUCCUACGUUCCCAGUAUUGUAGAAGCACUGGUUUGUGAACAGGUUUGCAUCUUCUCAACCAUCCGGGUGCAGUGAUGUCAACAAAUUUUAAUAUUCUUGGGAGAAGAAAGAGUGGCUGGAGUAUGGCAGCUGACUCUGGCUGGGUUCACCAUAGAGAGACACAACAUGUCUUUUAUAACAAGCCUGUUGGGAAAUUCUUCCAUUCUCAGUGUCCUAAUUCACUCUUGAGCCUUUGGACUGACUUAAUCACAGACCACAGGAAGCUCCAUGGUUAUAUGCACCAUCCUUAUGAUGUCUGAUACAGUGAAUGUCUUGUUGUCUCUUUGAAAUUAACCGUUUUGCCACAGUAGGCUCAUGAGACCAGUUAUAUGAAGGUUUGACAGCAUGUCACGCUCUACUUAGAGGCGCUCCAUCAAAAACGCGUUUAACUUGCACACGGGCUCCAAAACUCUUUUAAAUGAAUGGGGCAGUAAUUUACAAAACAAAAUCUUGUGAAUAUUUCCCAUGAAAUGUCUUUAUAACUUAGCAUAUCUUUGCUUGUUUAGGCUUGUGAACUUAGUGUAAAGAUGUGGAGUGUGAUAAAAAAUAAAAACAUGUAGCAUAAAAAUAGUAAAAGUAACAUACUGAUAAACCAUGCUUCUGUCUGAUUGUAAACGUUUCUCCUAAAAAACAGCCUAUUCUUCCUAGAAAUAUGUUUUGAUUCAUGGUACAUAACGAAAGGUGUGGUGGGUUUACUGUGUGGAUAUUUUGUAUUUCUGGAGAGAAAUGAGAACCAUUAAAGCAAAAUACCAACAAA